AUGGAGCAAGAGAGCCGUCAUGACCACUGGCUUGGCCGCUAUGCCAAUGACUAUCAUGCAUGGCGUCGAGCUCAACACCGCGGCAGAGACGUCUUCCAGCGGCCUCUCGGACUUAUCGAGACGUCUUUUGACAACGAUGGAGCCUUCUUCGGCGGCAGGGCCGACGUCAGCACCGCUAUGUCCUUCGAAAUCCGAACCAGUCUGACCCCCGAGCAAUUGCGCGAAAGAAUCCUCCUCGCCUGGGCCAACCUCCGCCUUCACCAUGUUCUCCUCAUGUCCACUGUCGAUCGCGACCCAGUGACCGACCGCAGGCACUUCAAUCUCCAUCUGCCCACAACUGAUGCCGAAGUGGUGGAAAACGCCCUGGAAUCCGUUACGUUCCUUGAAGACUACUACAGCACAGUAAAUAUGGACGAUUGGUUCAAACACAUCAAUAACACGGCUCGAGUCGUGGACUCAGACAAGACCUUGUCGCGGCUCUUCGUCCAUCCAAUCGUCUCCAUCUCGAAGCACACCUUCCAGCUAACCUUCACGCUGAUAUGCGCCCAUGAGAUAUGCGAUGGCGUCGCUGUGCUUUACAACUGGGAGCCGCAUUUCCUCGAGCUUCUGAACACGCCAGAACAAGACCUCCGCAGAGGACUCGAGGCCGAACGGUCUCCGGAUCGGCUCCGGGGCCGUCUCCCAAGAGCACAGGAGGAUCUCUAUCCCUUGGUCCAGGGAAGCCCGGCACGCAAAAGGUGGUUCUGGGCGGUUAUGCGAAUCCUCCGACACGUCCGUAGACCACCGCCAGCAGGUUUCGUCAAUCCACUGAGGCGGAGCGACCGGCGAGAGCAGGCCAUGUCAUUGGCUCCAAAGUACCCUGAGGUCUUGGAUUACUCGGAAGACCGCAAGCCGCCCAUGAACAGCUUCAACGUCAAAGCAGAGCUCUCAAGGGAAGCCACGUCCCGUAUCGAGCGGCUUUCGAAAUCAGUUGGUGCCAGCGUUGGUGCCGCCUGCUUCGCUCUCGUGGCCAUGGCCAUGAUGGAGAUCGAGGAAGCAAGAGACCCGCACACGCUAUUGUCGGAACGACUGCCCUACGUCGGCUCUUUCCCAAUCAACCCCCGCCCGUUCUUUGGCUACACGGGCCCCGCGGAUUCGGUCAUGCUCACCUUUAGCGACGGCAUAUGGUUGCCGUUCCUACCGUCAGACCUGCCUGCGGAGGGAAGGUUCAGGCUCCUGGUGCGUCAGGCGCACAGGCAGUUGGGUCAGUACCAGAAGCGGAUUCGGGGCGAGAAGAUGAAGGGUAGCUUCGAUCCCACCGAUCCGGCCCGGAUUAUUGCGUCAAGCUACCUUCUGGCAGUCGAAAGGGCCGACGCAAUGAGGCCAGAGCAUCUGAAGACUGGGGUCAAUCCUCAAGGGGCGUAUCCAGCCAACUUCAAGUGGAGGCCGGCAACAUGUGGAGUCAGUUCGAUUGGAUCCAUAAAGAACUUCCUAGCUCGGGGCAAAUAUAGCCUUGGCGAAGACACGGUUCGCAAAAACGGGCUUGCCGCGGAUCUCUACAGCUUUGACCGGACGGGUGUGCGUGCCCGAGACUUCGAGUUCCUGUGCGGGUGCUGGGGUUCAGAUGAGGGCCUGAAAUUCAGCGUAUCGUAUGACGGCAACGCCAUAGAUGAAGAAAGCGUCUUGGUGUGGAAGGCUCUGAUGGAGGAGAUGUUCGAGCCCAGCACAAAGCCUAGACUGUAG